UGAAAUUAGGUUGGCAAUAUACAUAUUCAUAACUAAUCAUUCUCGUCGAACAAUCGGUUUCCGGCCGUAUACCGGAUACGGGAGCGAUUUGAGGUGGUGUGUUUGUGUUUGUCCUUAUUUAAAUUUAUUUUUUAUCAUUUGCCCCUCCUUCCCUGUUAAAAGCUUAGCCAGCGAAAUAAUUUGAAACCGAUUCCAUGUGGACACCAUAUGGAGUCCAUGUGUUAUGCUGCGUUCUUAUCUUAUUCAUACAAAGACGAGUCUCUCCUGGAUCUCGUUGUGGACCGCUAUCUUAUCAAAGCCGAAAAAGACCUCUGACCUCUGUAAACACAAAAAGCAUUGGGAGACCUUUAACAUCUGAUCCUCUCCCUCGUCAUUCGGCCAUUCGCCGACUAGCCAGCAACGGAAACACUUAUUUAGCUGCACGUGGUGUGGAUGCCACAUACAUUCUCUCUACCUCCGUUUUCAUCUUCAAUCAAGUCGCCAAUCCGCACCCUGGUUUAUCUCUCGGGUGGUUAUCGUGGAUAUUUUUGUUGCAUGGGAGAAAGAGCUCAGCUGCCGUGAAUAACGACAGACUUUUGUCGAUAUCUUCGUAAAAUUUCAAAUUCCCAUAGAUCCAAGUGAAAACCUGAAAUGUAAUGUGAAAGUGGCAAAGAAAAACUGAAAAGAGACAGAAAGAGAAAAGGAGAAUAAAAGUAUAGUAACCAGUGUGCAAAAAUCAUUUAUCGCAAAAUUUCUCUUUCUGGCAGUGUUCAUCGAUUAAUAUUAAUCGAUCAGUUAGAUAGCAACGCAUCUUCCGAAAGACUGAUAUCCAACAUCGAGGAAUGAGGACUUGGGUAAGAAGGUGCCGAUCUUGAAGAACCUCUCGAAGAGUCCGGAAACGAUAUAAGAUUUGAGAAUUGGCACCGGAAAUCAUGAGGGCAAUACUGCUUUUUGCGUUCACAUGUGCGGUAUUAACUGCCGUGCGAGGAGAGAUUAGUACGGAUUCUGUGCCGUGUGGUCGAAUUAAAUGCAAGGUUCCAUUGGAAAGAAAAUUCAAAUAUCAAGAGGAAAUUCAUUAUGUGUACACAUACUCUGUGGACGUAAGCACAAAUCUGGGUUAUCGCCAUACAGUACCUCAUUAUCUCGGAAAUGAUUCAGCCUUGCAUAUCGAUGCUACUUUAUCCGUGCAUUUUAGCAGCCCCUGUGAGGGCACCCUUAAAAUCCUAAACGCCAGCAUUAGUCACGAUCGUAGCACGUAUAACGCCGAGUUCCCUGAUCAUGCCGGCUAUGAAUUUAAGACCAGUCUUGAGCGUUUUACAUUGAAAUUUACAUUCGACGAUGGGAUAAUCCACGAGUUGUGUCCGGAUCGACGAGAGCCAGUAUGGACGUUGAAUUUAAAAAGGGGCAUACUAUCGAUGCUGCAAAACAGCAUGCGACGCUUUGACAUAGACCACAAUGUUAACGAAGUGGAUGUUCACGGUGCCUGCGAUACUGAGUAUCAUCUGUACGAGGCAAAGCGAACCAGUUUGAUUGUAAAGAAAAGCAAAAAUCUUGCCGAUUGUGAAAACGGUCCCAAGUACUUUUCCGUAGUGCAGUCAAAUCCUUACAGAAGUCCGCGAAAACUACAUGGCCAAUAUGGAUUAUUCAAAUCACGGAGCGAUUGCGAGAUUACGAUUGACCAUAACGUCUACGAAAGAGUAGUCUGUGACGAGAUGCGAUUGUUACAACCACUCUCUAAUGGCGAUAAAGCUGGUGCCAGAACCGAUUCCCGGAUGGUUCUUCAACUGAUUCAGGAAACAAAGGAGACGAAUUUCUUCGAGGAAUUCGAAGAGAACGAAGAGAAUGAUGAAGAAAAAGAUGAAGAUAAUUUUAUUCAAGGUGUAUCUCUCACGAAGAGAACCACGUUACUAUAUGACCAUGCGAAGACGUUGAAGACCAUGCACGGCGAGUUGAGAACCUCCAGAGACUUACUGAAAAGCAUGUGUAGACUUACAGCGAAUACCGAUGAGUUGCAGCAGAGAUUCUCUGAAAUGUUUACCAAGUUCAUUCAUUCGGCUCGUUUUCUAGAUUAUCCUUUGUUGUCACAAUUGUUCUCGAGAGCUAAUAACAUUUGCAAAACUGGAAAGAAGCACGUCGUUGCUGCACUGCCAUAUCUAAACAGCAAUGCCGCGGUGAAUAUGAUGAAGGAUUUAAUAAUGAAGAGAUAUGUUAAUCAAGCAACUGUUAAUGAUUGGAUCAUUACUUUUGCUUUGUUUCCACGACCGGAUCACGAGACCAUCAAAGCUCUUUCGCAGCUAUUGGAUUUUCAGCAUCAAAUUCCCGAUGCCCAAUUUAUUCUUAGCUACUCUACUAUUAUUCACACAUAUUGCAGAAACAAUGAUAACUGUAUCGAUUUGGAAGAAGUGGAUACAUUCUUAUCGCAUCUUCAACAGAAAAUCUCACGAGGUUGCGAGCCUCGUCUUCACUCUCCUCCCGUGACGAAAGAGACAUUGGAAGCUUUGAAGGCAAUCGGUAAUAUGGGACUUGAAACAAAGAGUUUGCGAAGAAACCUGAAGAAAUGUAUUGAUGAUACUGGCGGAUUCUUACCUAUGGAAAUUCGCAUUGCCGCCAUUGAUGCUCAUCGUAGGUUGCCGUCCUGCGAAGAGACAAGAGACCAAUUUUUCCUUGAUUAUUAUCGUAAUACAACAUUAGAUACAGAAAUUCGUAUCGCUUCUUACUUACAAGUAAUGCAUUGUCCUGAUUACAAUGUUAUUAAAACCAUCAAGCAUACUCUUAAAAUGGAAGAAGUCAAUCAAGUCGGUUCUUUUGUAUGGAGUCAUUUAAUGAAUCUCUACAAUUCUGCCUCACCUACCAGAAUCGAAAUUCAAAGUUUGUUAACAGAUCGAGACCUUGAUAAUAAAUUCAACAAUGAUAUUAGAAAGUUUUCGCGUAACUAUGAAAACUCUUUCUUUUCCGAGGAGUUUAAUAUCGGCGCAAAUUAUCAAACAAAUUUAAUUUUCUCGCCAAAAUCAUAUCUACCACGAUCGUUUAAUUUCAACGUUAGUACUGACCUCCUCGGCCAAUCCGUAAAUUUAUUUGAAAUUACUGCACGAAUGGAGGGCCUGGAAUAUUAUGCAGAAAAUCUCUUCGGUCCAAAUGGUAUCUAUAGCAACGAAAAAGUUUCGAAUCAUCUUCGGAAUUUUCUCAGAUAUUUUAGAUCGGCACCGGAAAAAGAAAAUUAUUGGAAUGAUGUGAAACGACUACCUAAUGUUAUUGAUAAUAAUUUCGAUCAUCCGAAAAUUACUCUUGCUUAUAAGAUAUUCGGAAAUGAGUUGAAGUUUACGAUAUUGGAUGGCGACAAGCAAGUGAUGUCCGCACUAGCGAAUUUCAAUCCUUGGCAAAAAAUGAAAGAAUUUUUAGCCAUGCAAGAAAUUCUUUAUGAAAAGACCGGAAUGUUCUUAGAUUCUUCUUACGUCGUACCAACAGGAUCCGGUCUGCCGAUUCGUUUGGAUGUUGCUGGUUCCGCGGCUUGCAAUUUCAAAAUCUCAAAGAUACUCAAUAAUGCUCGAUUAUCUGAUAGAGAGUUCCAACUCACAGCCAAUAUCACUUCCAGCGUAAGUAUCGAUAUAGUAGGCACAAUGACUGUUGAUGCUUUCUACAAAUCUGCCGGGCUCAAAUUACGAACAAACAUUUACUCUUCCGGAAUUAUGCAACUUCAUUUGAACUUAAAUGAUACCCGUUUAGUUCGCGUGAGCCUAGGUUUACCAAAUCGUAAAGUAGAUGUGCUCUCGUUGUUUUCCGACAUUGCUUUCAUCAAAAUUAAAGGUGCCGAAAUUGAAGAAAAGUCAUUGGGCAUCUUAGUAGUCAAUGAAGAUCAAAAGAAUUCACGAUAUCCGAUAGUUAUACCCAAAAAUAUUGUCCACAACACUACCUGUAGUUGGGCCGCCUUAAACAGACUGAUAGGUUUGAAAAUGUGCACUGAUUAUCAAUUCACAAAUGUAACCAAAGACACUAAAGCACCUUAUUUUAUCUUAAAUGGGCUCACACUCUUCAAGAUCUCGUUGAUUAAAGCUGAUCCAACUGCUAAGAAUUAUGUAUUGGAGUAUAGCUGGAAUAAGACUCAGGAACAUAACACGUUUAAGGUAAUGUUCGAUACACCUGGCUCGCAAGUGAAUAGAAAAAUAAGCGCUAUUGUAGAUUUUGAUAUAAUAAAUAAUAACGUUACCGCUUUAAUUCAUUCGGCUGGUAAUUCUUUGAUUGCUAAAGGCACAUACAAACGUUCUGAAGAUGAGACUUCCAUAGAUAUCGGUUUUGAUAUCAAUGGUACCAAGCACUUGGAUGCUAGCGUGGGUUAUACGAGGAAAAAAUUCACUAAUGGUUACACUUAUCAUCCUAAAGUCUAUCUAACUAUCAAUAAUGAACGCGUCGCUGCCAUUUCAGGUGCGAUAAGAAACGCGCAAAAAAACAACAUUUCUCAAUUUGAUAUAGACUUGACUUUUCAAACAAAGCGAGUCUGGAGUAAACUAAUCGGCUACAUCGUUCAACGAAACAUCAGUUUAGCCGGCGAUUUUCAGUUAGAUUAUCAGUUGCAACAUAUGCCGAAAAGGGAGACUCUUCACUUGGAAGUCUCGCUAUCUAACCGCUCAUCAAAAACACUCACGCACAAGACUGCCGAACUGAAAUUACAAUCCACCGCUUAUCCGCAACUCAAUACCGUAAUAAGCGCCUGGUAUCAACAAGCUUUCGGGCACUUAGAGCUGCACGCCGAGAUCAAUUCGAAUCCUCAUCUCAAGGAUGACCGGCAUAAACUCACGGCGCAGCUUAUCAUCUCUUAUUCGAAAAUGUAUUUUCAAAAUCAAGGCACAAAAGUAAGCGCGCUGAUAGCCAUCACCAAACCUAUUCAGAAUUUGGAUCUCAAGAUGGGCAUUAAUCAUUACGCCCUCGGCACCGAAUCCAAGACCAAUUUGCUCAUAGGAUAUGCACCGGGCAAGGAGAUUAGUCUAAUCAUCAACAUUAUUAUGCCGCGCAAUCUGUUAUUCUCCAUAGAGAGCCAUGCGAACCUGACAAUUCCGAAUUUCAAUUCAAUGUUGAUCGAUGCACGUAUCAACGAGCGAUCGAGACGUGAAUACGAGUUAGAUUUCUCUGGCACAUGGUUCAGUGGCCACAACAUUACCGCGCGCGGAACUUAUUCCGAUCGAUCAUCAGCUGUUAUCAUCAAUCAUCACUUGAAAAUGAUCUUCAAAUCGCCGAGUUUCGUCGCUCCAAUUCUGCUUAACUGCCACUUGUAUCAGAAUCACAGUGACCUCAGAGUCAGUCUAUAUGCCGAACAAUUAGACUAUGAUAAGUAUGCCUUUGUAUUGAAUCAUACAAUGUUGUCGACUACCAGUAUAAUGUCGUAUAUAGAAGCUAGAUAUCGUGGUAAUGUGUAUUCAGCGAUGACGAAUAUCGAUAUCACGCGAGAAAUUCGUUUAGAACUGCAUUUAGACAAAUGGCGGGACAUACAUUUGACCUUAAGUGGCAUCAACGAAGAAAACCGACAAGAAUUGGCAGCGGAAAUCAAAUGGGACGCCAACAGAGAUCCCGCUUUGAAACUCGCUACAAUAUUACAAUUAAAUAAAGUGUUUCUAAUGGAUGCAGUUUCAUCGGGGAUCAAGCGAAAUGCAAUAAUAACUUUAACUUAUCCGGGUCGCCUAAUAACUGGUUCUUGUGACUUGAUUAUACGUAAUCCGCAUAAUUAUUUGAUAGAUGUUACUGUGAAUUGGAAUCCAGAAAACGCAAUCAAGAUGUCAAUCGGCGCGGACUAUGAUGUGCAACCAGAAGUAACAUUUGUCAAAUUGGAAUCACAAUUGUUAAUGCCUUUCGAACAAUGGAAAAAGACUUCUUUAAACAUGAGAUAUCUAGAAUUGUCAGAUAGCGUUCAAGCUAGUAUCAGUGCUUACUGGAAGGAUUCUCAUGUGAUAACGGAAUUCUAUGCUAGCACAAGCGAGUAUGACGACUUGAAAGAAUGGCUAGCAAAUUAUGCAUUGAACAGCACUCUACAGUCCAAUUCGUGGGUAAUUGUGAAUAUCACUCAUAAGAUAUUACGCUCGGAAACAGCUGAUACACAUGUGCUGAUCAAAUAUAAUCCUGACAAAACGAUUGACGCGCGUAGCAUUUGGCACUUAGAUAAGGAAUCGGACAAUGUGUUUAAUCUUACCGGCAAUCUGCACUUAUACUCGCCUUUGGCAAACUACCGGAAGAAUGAACUCAAAUGUCAACUGCGUCUUAUAACUAACUGGAUGUUCUUCGGCGCAGCUAAUCUCGAACUAGAUAAACGCAAGUACACUGGCUGCUUGAUCGGCGAUCUCGUACGCUGGAAGGAAUCUAAAGUGGAGUUCAAUGUCACUACGCCGUUGAAAAAGCUCGCCUUUGUUCGUGGUAGAUUCGGUCUGUCGGAAAGCAAUCGGCAUGCAGUAGCAGAAAUUGUCACGCCGAAUGGUCCGCUGGGCAUCGAGGCACUGUGCCAAAUCUUCACCGCUGCUUACGACUUCAAUAUCAAAUUCAUGCUAGCGACGCCCAUUGAAGUGCUACAAAAGGCACUCAUAGUGGCCAAAUUAAAUAGGCGCGAAGCCGAUUUCAGGAUUGGUUACAACAAUAUUACGGCAGGCUUUCUCGGUACUUGGCACUAUCACAACAUUACCGAUUUCGAUUAUAGUUACAUAGUACUCACACCAUUAGAAGGUCUGCACGAAUGCGGGGUGAUUACCAAAUUGAUUGUGGUAUAUACAGAACUCGAAGGUAUGCUAGACGUAGACACAGAAUUCUCAUUAAGACUGGCAAACAAUAAACUUGGUGUCAAAGCUAAGGGCGGACCAAAACCUCCGCCUGUUAAGAUUCCACUGAAGCCGGGAAUUAUAUCCCCAACAGACGAUUCUGAUAUCGAUGAAUUGGAAGAAGAAGAAGAGGAAGAGGAAGAAGAUGAGGAUGGCCUCUAUUGGCGAGGCGAAAUGCAGAUAUGGCUUGUAAUAAUCCCAGAUAUAUCGGCAGAACUAGAUAUCGAUACUGAAGGUGAUACUUAUAAGAUUCUAAGCACAAUACAAUUGCCACCCGGCAAAAUUAUCAUUGACGAUAGCUUUUCCAUGGAAGAUGUUUUUCAUAUAAAGAAUGAUCUGCAUAUUGAUUUAAUGUUUAGCAGUAUCAGAGAGAUCACAUCAUUUUAUACAUUUUUAAUUGAUCCUGAAAAACUGACUUAUCUUAUGGAAAUGAGUGUGAACGUUAGACAAAAUAUUACAUGGAUCGAGACCGGAUUUCACGGCAAUUAUACAUAUCAAGGCGGCAUGAAUGAUAAGAAGGCACAUUUCGUCAGAUUAAAUAUAAAAACACCUUUAGAAUUUCUUAAGGACUUUCGUAGUAACGCAAUUCUCGAAAUCGAAGGGAAUCUAUAUAAAAGUACAGUUACAAUUCGUGAGAAUCAAUUAAUCUUGGAUUUAUUUGGAAAUAUAAAGAUAGAGAAAGCUUUGUUUGAUAUAAUGAUUUCUGGUGCAAUCGAUUCACCCCUUAUGAAAAUACCAAAAACUACAAUCGCCGCAAUAAAGAAUUUUACCGGUAAUAAAAAGCAACUUAAAUUCAAUGCAAGAAUCGAAGAGCCUGUAUCAAAAUAUACAUCCUUCGAGUCUGCCUGGCAAAUAGACGAACAUCUUAUGCAAGCUUCUGCAAAAUUAGAAAGUUGGAUAAAGGUUUUAGAAGCACUGGAAGCUGACAUUCUAUAUAGCAAUGCGAUUCGUGUAAAUAAUACCGCUAAAUUGAACGUACGCGUAAUGCAUCUCGGCAAUCAAGAAUAUCAGCUAGCUGGAAAUCUAAAUAAUGGUAAGAUCGAUGCCGAUCUACAUACGCCGCUGUCGCAAAAGCCUCAUUUCCAGUUCCACGGAGAUUUAAGACAGAUUAAUGAAUCAUUGUACGAUGUUAGAGGAGAAUUAAAGGACCAGCUGCAAGUAAAAUCUUAUGAUGUCAGCUCUGUUAUCUUCGUACAGAACGAUACUUUGGCUUCGAUAGAUGUGAGAGCUGAGCCGAAAAGCGCAAACACCGAUCGAAUCAUUUUGAGAUUGAAGAGGAAGACAUACGGUCUUUUGUUAGAUGUCGACAGUGGGUCAUUUAAUGGUACCGUCGAUGCAAAUAUUCUCAACAGUCUAAAUUGGGAUGUGAGAGUUCACACGGAUAUUGAAAAAGCUAAUAAAAUAGAUACUUAUCAGCUGAAUACUUUCAUGAACGUGCAAGUAAAUGGCAACGCCACUCUGUACAUUCAAGCCGAGACACCUUGGAAUGAUAGCAGAAUUAUGACGGUAAACGGCAAUAUGAUGUUGACCAACACGAGCGGUAACGUUCAGCUAAAUCAUCGAUUGAAUGACGAUAAAUGCCAUGCAGCUAUUCAAUGGAAACUAAUGUACAUGGAAGAUAUGUUAUUGAAAUUGAUCGCAGGAUAUGACACCGCAAAUCUAGGCAAGAAAGAGCUUUCGACUCAUGUAUUCUUCAAGAAUCUUGAUCGAUUAUAUAGAAAUAUCGAUGUAAGUUUGGAUUUAGACAUUGAUCGAAAAAUGUGGGAGUUCGAAACGAAUGCAACCAUAAGUUUUCGCAAUAUGCAAAACAUGGACGCGGUAUUCGUUGUGAAAUUGCCACCUCCGAAUAAUGAUGACCAUCGGUUCUUGAUCAGUUACCAUACUAACAAGGAAAUGCAGGAUAUUUCUUAUGUACUGGGCUACAAUGCUAUUCAAGCGAAGAGUAAUUAUGCUUCGGAUGGAUCGAUUCAUAUGGCUACGCGUGAUAUUAAUGGGCACUUGCGAUUGACAUGGGGUUUACUACCAACGCAAUCUGUGAACAAUCUCUUUAAUAUCACUUUCAAUAAAAAGGAAAUUGAGCUCAAGUAUUCUUUAUAUACACCAAAAUUUCUGCAAGAAGAAACGCUUGUAUUCCUCUUUAGUUACGACGCUAAUUCCGCUGAACGAACUUUAAUUAAUGCUGAUCUCUUUUAUCCUUCAAGACAGCAGAUUGGAACUGCAAGAAUAUUUUAUAAAAGUUUAAUCAACAUUAAUGGAACUAUUAAUGCUUCCAUAUCUACGCAGAAUUUAUUUUUCAUCGGAUGCGAUUUUAUUGUACUUACCACUUUGAAGCAGAAUAAGAGAUUCAUCGAGUGCUUUUGGCCUAAUAAUACGGCUUUGCUCAACUCUGAUUACACUUAUUAUAGCGAGCGAUUAGAUUCGAAUCUAGAGGGUAUUUUGCACGUAGAAAUUCCUUUGACUGCUCGUCAUAUCGGUCAUCUAACUUACGGUUAUAAGAAACGUCCACAGGUCACCACAGGCCAUUCAGUCUUGACGUAUAACGAUCUGCAGAUGUUACAUGGCCAAUAUAAUUCAAAGAGUGAAUCGCGGGCUGGUUUCGAUAAAGAGCACAUUCAAAUUACUGUGCAGAACGUUUAUAGACCUAUAGGUAUCGUCUACGUGAACCAAUAUGAAUAUAGUGGUGGAAACGAGGGAACUAACUAUCCCACCAUCGAAUUCAAACAAGUAAAUAUUUAUCGAUUAGACAACAGCUCGGUCUUUAACAUCACCGGUGAAUCCAGGAUUCGAACUACUCAUACCGGCCAGGACAUCCAUUUGAAAGCGAUACAUUUGAACAAAACGAUUCAAUUAAAGAUAGAUUAUCAGGUAUUGCCUGGCGAGUUCGAUCAAAAUACGUGGUUAAGUUUAGCCGAGGAUGCCUGGGUGUCUUAUCAUAUAAACAUCCUGAAUAAAACCACCGAAGAUAUGGAUAAUCAAUUCCUCAUCCUUAGUUUAUCUUAUCCCUCACGAAACUUCACUAUAGAUGGCUUGUAUAAGAUUACCAGCGACGAAGUAAGCUCCGAAGCAAACUUACAAUGGGAACAUGACGAUGAGAAGUCGAGGAUCGUUGGUGCCGCCUUCAAUUGGACGAAUGACAAUAUCACAUCCGUAGAGAACCAACAGCAAGUCGUAUUGAGUUUUCGACAUCCGACUUUUGAAAAGAAUGUCACGUUAAAGGGCAUACUAAUGAAAAGAGAUCAUAGGGAUUUAUUAAACGCCGUCUUCGUCGCGGAUUAUUCUACCAACGAGAACAAGUUGUUAACAUUGUCCGCCCUGUUGAGAGACGAGAGUGAUGCAUCAAGCAGGAAAUAUCUCUAUAAAAUAACCGGCAAGCAUGUUAAUAUUAGAUUAGACCUCGAUAUCGAAGGAUUCGUUCGCAGACAAGGAUAUAUGUUGCUCGAAACGGUAAAUCACGCUCGAUACAUGCGCGGCUAUACAUCGAGUGAAACUGGAGAAUUGAUCGGUCGAAUCGAUCGAAAAUCGAAAGAGAUAUUUUUCCGACGAGUAAAUAAUGAUGCAAUUAAGUAUUUCGCGAUCGGUUAUUAUCCUUCAUCUUCUCGUUACGUCAUGAAUGGUAGCGCUAUCAACACACCGGAACUCAACGCUACCGGCAUUUUCUUUUUGGAUCCUAGUGAGAAUCUUAUCUGGUCGAUGGUUAAUUACACGCCCGAUGCACAAGUAAGUUUAAGAAUGCAUGGCAAUAUUCCGGAUGCUCGAAAUGCUAUAUUUAACAUUUGGAGAACCUAUGAUGAUGAUUUAACAAUUUCGGACGUUUCAUUCUACUUGAAAUUAAAUCAUUCAAGACUUGUUACUUCAACUUUGCGAUGGCGGCCCGAACUCAGGAGUGAUAUUAUUAUUGCUAUAAAAACAACUUUUAAUGAAAUGUGUGAAAACAUAAACAAUGAUAUCGAUUAUUGGAAACAAUAUAUAAAAAGUGAAGUAUUAAAUUCCAUUACAGAUGUGUGGGAAGACGCUCAGCAAGAUAUUUCAGGUUUUCUUGACGAUUGGUAUGAUCUAAAGAAUCUCGAGCAUGACUUUGAAGAUCUCAAGGUAUAUUUGAACAAAUCCUAUAAUGCCAAUCACUUUUACAUCAAAGAUGUCGUUGUUCUCGGGAUAUAUGUCAUCGAUGAAUUGUCCUUGCGAAGUCAUAUUCAGUCUCUUCCUAAUAUUAUCAACGAGAUCUGGGGAAUAAUGGGCGAUUCUGGCGAAGCCUUGCGCAAUUCAUUGCUCUGGCUAAUCGAAACCAUUAAAAAUGCUUAUCACAAAAUAUCUGAUAUUAUCAUUGCUGUAUUAAGAGGUGACUCGUUAUCACAAGUGGCGAAUAUAAUAGAGAAGCUGAUUGAGAAAUACGACAUGUUCAUCAAGGAUCUGCACGUAUCUUUCAUUAAGUACGUUGAAAAUCUUUGGAAUACAAUUUCUUCAUCCAUCUCGGAACAAUGGUAUCGCUGCUUGAAGUUAAUGGAACCUUUAUUUAUCCGACUUAUUCAUUAUCUUGAGACAGUCGUCUGGAAAGCGAGCAAAGAAAUGGUUGACUUCUUGUACGACCGUAAAAAAGAAAUCAUUGCAUCGCCGUAUUUCGAUCGUUUUACCAACUUUACGCAAGAUAUCGACAAAAUCUAUCGCGACAUUAAAGCAAAUGAUAUAGUGACCAAUGUGUACAAAUAUUCGAGUCUAAUGAUACAGUUCAUAAAAGAACGCUACUUUACCUUUGUACCAUUCGGUAAAGAACUUAAAGAUGUCACAGAUGAAAUCAUGUCAGAAGUAAAGGAGCUUCGAAAACUACCGUCAAUCAACUACGCUCUGGAGAAAUUCGAGCAGAUGUACGAUAGAAUCGGCUACUUCUGUGAGUACUUUGAAGUCAGGACUAAGAUAGAAAGUUUUAUCCGGCUGGUGCACUCCAAGAUUAUGGAUAUCAGCCAAACAGCGUUACAAGCAGAAAAUCGCUACAGGGAAGCUAAGACUAUGUUCAUCUUCGAUCCUAAUCAGGGUCUGAUGUGCUUGGAGCAGAAAUUACCCAUGUCUUGGCACGCCUUCAAUCAGACGCCUGAAUUCCAGGAGAUACCAGAAAUCAGAGCAAUUAUGGACAUCAAAAAAUACUUUGUUACCUCGAACACUACUUUUUGGAGUCUUUAUUAUCAGUAUAAACCAUACUCGGAGCUGUCAAACUGGUUACCGCCAUUCAAAGCGCAAGCCAUGAUUAUCGGCUCUCAUCAUUAUAUUACUUUUGAUGGACGUUACUUUGAUUUUGCUGGAAAUUGUACCUAUUUAUUAGCAAAGGAUUUUGUACACAAUACUUUCGCGAUUUUGGUGAAAUAUAAUAUACAAGCCGAAGGGAUCACUCAUCAGAUCAUAGUAUUGAUUGGAAACAACGCUAUCGAACUGGAUCUCUUCAACGAUACAACGAAGCUAAUCUCCCAAUCAUCCGGUACUACGACGAAUCUGCAGCUGCCGAUAGAAUUGGAUCACGGCACGACAUAUGUUUACCAAGAGGAGAACGUGGUAACGGUAGAACGUAAGCACAACCAAUUCCGGCUAGAGUGUAAUCUCAAGUUUAAUUUGUGCACUUUGGAACUGUCUGGCUGGUAUUAUGGGAAAACUGCUGGUCUCUUUGGUACAAUGAGCAACGAACAGUUUGAUGACAUCCUGGGAUCGGACAAACUAUUUUUAAAAGAUACCGGUAGUUUCGCUCACAGCUGGUCUAUCGACGAAAAUUGUGCUGAUACGAUGAAUCACGCCAACAAGAUCCAACAUCACGACAACGUAAUAUUCAAGUUCUGUGAUGAGCUGUUCAUGAAUAAGAGCUCGGAAUUUGGCAUCUGUUUCGGUGUGAUCGAUCCAUUUGUAUACGCUAGUAUGUGCCUGAACAGUUUCACCGAAGCCGAGGCAUGUACAGUGGCAAUAUCAUACAUGCAGAUAUGUAUGUUCCGCGAUACUUACCUGAGAAUACCCGAUAAGUGCACCACAUGCACCAUGAUGGACGGUAGCCAAGUAACCGAAGGCGAUUUCAAACGAUUGGAGGAAGACAAAGUGCCCCGAUCGGCCGAUGUGGUAUUUAUUGUCGAGGCAAAGAGCUGCAAUCGCGAUACGAAAUUAAAUAGCAGCAUGGAAUUGUUAAUUACACAGCUCGACAAGGAGCUGAAUGACCGAGGUCUUACGGGAAAUCGAUGGUCCUUGAUAACAUUUGGCGGUGACAAAGUGCACGAUCAACCCAGAAGCAUCAUUCUUGACGGACAGAUUUUCACGAAGAACGUAGCACGCUUCGUCGAUUAUUUAAGCUAUGUACCAGUAGGCAGCGGUAGUCAAGACAUUUUCGCUGCGAUUGGAUUUGCUUCGCGGCUCGUUUUCAGGGCUGGCGUGUCAAAAACCUUCAUAUUGAUGCCAUGCUCGCAUUGCGAACCGGAGAAUCAAACGCUGGAGUACUCUGUAUUACACCAAGUAUUGUUGGAACAUGAUAUCACUCUUCACAUAUUAAUGGAUGGCGAUUUCCAAUUUGAGAAGGAGAAGAUUGGCAAGAUGUUGUAUGGCUUGGACGCGACCAAAUCGUACACUAAGAAAGACUUUCGAAUACUAACCGGCGACAUAGAUCUACGAAGACAGGUCAAACUUUCCAAGAACGUGCUAGGUUACUGCACACCACUGGCCUUGGAGACGAACGGCACGAUAUUUAGCGGCGAUAAACUGCGUCGUGAGAAGUUAACUUUAAUUAAAAAAUUUGCGAGCGUUUUCGCAAAGAGAGUCGCUUUUACAGCUGAGCCAAAUAAAUGUCAACUGUGCGAAUGCACUGCUGAUAAUAAUGGUGUUACACAGAUGGAAUGCAUGCCCUGUGUAUAUCCAAUGCCCAUGCAUGUGGAUUACGUGAGUGAAACUUUUAAUCUCAACGAAUCACUCUCGAUGAUGCCGCCAUUAGAUAGCAUUGAUUAUGGCCAAAUCGAUAUAGAGGACGAUUGAAAGUAUAAAACAUAGUUAAAUAAUGAUUAGAUGUUAGAUGACUCGCCGGUAUUAAUCAUAUUUAUUUACAAUAUUCUUUGUAAUAUAAGAUAAAUAUCUACUUCCCUUUCUUACUUCCAAUUCAAAAUUUGUCUUAUAUUGGAAGUAAUAUAAAAUAUAUAUUAAAAUCAUAUAAUUACAUUAAUAAAGUUAUAUCACGAUCAUUCAAGUAUUAAUAAUUAUAAUUUAGAAAAAAAUUCAUGACUAUCGUUGAAAUAUAAUUAUAAGGCUAUGAAGGAGGGGAAGUGUGGUAUGAUCAUUAUGUAAAAGCACAAAACACAAGGUCGAUAUAUAAAACUUUCUUGUCUAUAUAUAUAUUAUCUGUAUAUAAUAUGUGUCUGAGACUUAUAUAUAUAUAAAAAUGUAAUGCAAACCGGGAAAUGGCAAUUGAUUCGCGUUACACUCUUUAUGCGCACACGUGCACGCAUCUUAAAUCGCAUUUAUAUCUUAUUCCAAAGUAGAAUAUGGCGAAUAUAUUCGAACAUCUGUCUCUUCGCGAAAUUCUCCCAAUGUAACAAAGAAAUAAACCUUAUAACGUACAAAGUAAAUCGAAUAAACUUAAUGAUCAACGCGGAAACAAAACGUAAAAAUGUUUCGCGUAUUUCGGAAACUUUCAAUAUGGCCGUGAUAGAUUGAACGUCACAUUAUAUAUAGCGACGAUAGAGACGGAAGAAGAGAGC